AUGAAGCAGGACAAUACCAUCUGUAUUUGUGGUGAUUUCAAGGUGACAGUGAAUCCACAGGUAGACAUUGACUCUUACCAUUUGCCACGGAUCGAUGACAUAUUCGUGCGCUUGAGUGGGAGAAGACACUUUAACGUCCUUGAUCUCAAGCAAGCUUAUCUGCAGAUGGAACUCGAAGAAGACUCACAGAAAUAUAUGGUUGUCAACCUGCCAAAAGGACGUUAUCAAUAUCAGCGGUUAUCGUACGGCAUUGCCUCUGCGCCAGCAAUCUGGCAACAAACUAUGAACCAAGUACUACAGGGCACAGCGGGAGUACAAUGUUAUCUAACUGACAUUAUCAUUACCGGCAGAACCACUGAAGAACACUUCCCAAUCUUGGAUUCGGUACUACGACGCCUUCAAGAAUAUGGCCUCACGGCACUUUAUCUCAGCAUGGGGCCUCUCAAUCACCCAAAACGAAUCAAGCCAUCACCCAGUUCGUCAUACGGACUCGGAGCCGUGCUGUUUCAUGGAAUGAUGGAUGGAUUGGAAUGGCCAAUAGCCUAUGCCUCGAGGACGCUGACGAGGAUCGAAUGA